AUGUUGGUGACAUUCUGGCCCACACAGCCAGAUGGGAAGAACCAUCUAAAGAUACUCAGAGAGCUCUUCAGGCGAGUGAGGGCAGCAGGCCUUGCCAUCAGACCAUCUAAGUGCUACAUAGGUUAUUUUGUGCUGGACUUUGUUGGACACAAGGUGGGUGACCAACAGAUAACCAUGAAAGAGGAGGAGCUAACCCACACACAAAAUUCAUCAGCACUAACGACCAAGCAGCAAGUCAUAUCCUUCCUGGAGUUAGUGGGAUACUAUAGGAAGUUCAUCCCAAACUAUGCAGAAGUUUCUGCACCACUGACUGACCUGACCAAGAAAGGCCAACCCAACAAGGUGAAAUGGAAACAACUACAGCACAUGGCAUUCCAGAAGUUUAAGAACAUGUUAGGAAGCUUGCUCAUUCUUAUAAUGCGUGACUUGAACAAACCAUUCAUCAUUCAGGCAGAUGUUGGAAUUGGAGCUGUACUUUUGCAAGAACAUGUAGAUGGACUGCUCCCAUAA